AUGGGUUGUGACAACGAGCGAAGGAAUCCAGACAACUGGCGCCUCUACCACUUGCUAGAGCUGGAGCCCCCUGUUACAGCAAAGCAGGUUCAGUGGACGUUCCGAAAAGUGACACUGCGCCAUCACUUUUAUCAGGCCUACAUCGUCCUUUACGAUAGCGAACGUAAAAGUCUGUACGAUGUCCUUGGAGAAGAUGCUGUUGGUUUCAUUCACAGUGGGAACUGGGGACCGUUGAUUCACAUGCUCGGCGCCAGGGGUGCGAUUGGACUUUACUGUGGUUCAAUGAUAUUAGCUUUCCUCCUGUUAAUCAUUUUCUUUGCCUUCUUGGGAGCUCGUGUCGAUGAACAUGUUAUGUGGUCAUGGGUGCGCGUUGCUUCGCCGCUGUUUGUUCUCGUGAUUCUCGCGCUGACCAUAACGGCUGCUGCGGCAGUGGUGAGCUUUCUGUGGAAGACGCCGUGGGAGGAGGGCAUGCGCUGGAUUGACCGUGUUCCAGCCGUUGGGAACUUGAUCGCAGUGACGUUCUACAGUGUCUUUUGUUUCAUCAUCGCAUCAGAGGCUGACAAAGACACCUCCAACGGCUCGCGCAAUUUAUUGAACUAUUUCUCUCUGCCCAUAGUGGCCGACGUGGUGUAUUACCUGUCAUCAUUGGUGUGGCGGUGGCCUCGUCGUGUUCGGCUAGAAAUGGAGGUUGACCUGAACCGCCCCAGUCGUCCGCUAUGCUACGGUUUCUUUGUACUGGGCUUUGCAUAUAUCGUCCUGUCGGUCGCGCAGUGGGUUCUUAUUGGCCAGAAGAUUGAUAGGAAGAAAGACAUCAGUUGGUAUGUCGUUUUUAUCCCAUGCUGUUUCCGUACUGGAUUGCGUGUGUUGGAGGCGUUUAUGCGCAGUGAGGCAAAGCGCACGAUUGGUAUCAAAACAAAGAUGGGUCUUGCAUUCGACACUCUGGGUGCGUUCUUCUUUAACGGCAUGUUACUCACCUCCCUGUACUUCGUCGCGGUGCGCAUGACACGGGGGAAAGAAGAGGCACCAAUGCCGCUUGCCCUCAUCCCAGUGUAUGUGGCGCUUCUCUACAUGCUGCUGUCAAUUAUAUGUACACUUAUAUAUCUGCUGCGCAAGGACACCAACAACAAGCGUGAGGAGCGGCUGAACAACCUGAAAUGGUCGCCAACGGAACCGCAAACGGGGGGGCAGAGCGGACCGUUGCUGUUCCGCGACUUCGACAACACCGCCGACUGGGACGAGAUUGAGGACGAUGAUGAGGACGACACCUCCGCGGCGUUCCCCGACGUAGAAGAGGCUGAUAGUGGCGACUACGACGACUUCGACAGUGACGAGGAGGAGGAGCUCUUCGGUGUGGGUGACUCGCCACACAGGGCGACGCCGUAUGGAGUGUCGGCACCGCCCGACGAAGACGCGCGGCCAUACGCUGCGAGCCACACGCCGUCGAUGCAGAGCACUGCAACAGAGCGGCCACCGAAACGGGCGGUUCACCACGACCCUUACGACCCCAAGACGGACGCUGCCCCCGCCAUGCGCAUGAGUGGCGGCGGCGCCGGCAGCAGCAGCAGCAGCAGCAGCAGCAGCAGCGAGUUGGACGAAGAGGAGGAGGAAUACGAUGAUUUCGACAGCGAGGAGGAUGAGAAUGAGGACGAGGACGCAUACGUGGGCACGGAGCUCUCCUCCUCUGCGACGUCGAGCGCGUUCUUCACGUCGAGCAUUGGCACGCCGCGGCGCUGA